AUGGCUAGCUACAGCAUCGAGGACGAGCCGGAGAAGCUCUCGGACAUCAAGCCGAUCCAGUGCGUCUUCGUGUUCCGCAAGCCCAUCUUCCCAUCGGACCGCCUCAUCAAGUUCUUCGCGGGGCAGUACGUUCACAUGGAGCUGCUGAUGUUCCUUCCGGAGACCCCGGCGGACAGCCCCACCUUCACGACCUUCAUGGGGGAGAGGUUUGGCAUGUCGAUCUCGCUCAAGCGCUUCUACAACGACGACGAGUACGUGGGCCUCCUGAUGGAUCUCAACGCCGAGGACGCGGCACACCUCCUGGAUUACAUGACGGCGCUGACGGACGCGGCAGUGCCCUACAACUUCAUCGACCUCACGCUGCAGCCCAUCAAGCGCGUGCUCAAGACCUCACCGCUCUUCAACGACGUCGAGAGCAAGAACCCGAGGGACUUCAAGAAGGUCUUCUGCUCGCAGGCCUUCACUCUCGCGACCCGGGAUGUGAUCAAGGACGAGAGGUUCGACAGGCUGGUGCAUGCCCUGCAUCGGGAGAACAGCCGCCUUGUCACGCCGAUGGACUUCUACCACAUCAUCAGGCCUUAUUGCAGGACGGUGGACAUGGAUGAGCUCCGCAACCUGAAGCUCAAGCUCAGCUUGACGUGGAGCACGGCCUGGCAGAAGAUGUCGUACCAGCGGCGGAUGACGUCGUCGCUCUCCUGGAAGAUCCUGCAGAGCUGGUCCACCUCGUCGGUCUCCUGCUUGGCCACCCACGCCCUCACCUGGUUCUUGACGAUGUGCUCGAUCUUGCAGCAGAACCACAGGAAGAGGAUGAAGGGGGAGACCUCCUUCCCCUUCCUCCCGACCUCCACACACGAGUCCGACCUGGUUCCAGAGAUGCUGCAGAUGUGCCAGCCGUUCCGCCUCCUGAGAGAUCUUGUCCUUGCCCUGCGUCUGCAGGUUGUCUACCAGUGUGUAAACCGACUUGAUCUCCGUGGUUACGUGCACGAUGCUGUUGUGCACCUUGAUCGCCCACUUCUCCGCGUUAUCCUUGCACUGCGAGAAGUACCGCUUGUACUGGUUGUCGUCACCGAUGACCUCGAAGGCCUUGUUGCAGCAGUAAUCCUUGAACUGGUCGUACGUGCAGCUGCAGGAACACCUCUUGACGACGUCCUUGUCAACAUCCUCGUGAUCGCACGUUGCAUGCGCGAUCGUGCACAGAUCUGA